AUGGAGCGGGCUACGACGAAGUCUUUGGCUCAGGGAGUCAGGGAAGAGGUGUUAAGUGAGGUUGAGGUCGAGAGGAUCGACAAGGAAGUUGUUGACAACGGGAACUGGGAGGAAGGUGUCGUAGAGAUCGAUAGUGACGAAGAUAGGGAUGACGGUAGCGAGGUUAGUAGUGACGAUAAUGAGGAUGAGGAUGACGAAGAGUCCAGUGAGGGAACUUCAGGGAGUUCUGGAGGUAACCGUCCCUUCAUCCUUCCAGAGGAGUGGGCCGUCAAUAAAUUUCUCCCAAAGAUGAGCAACAGAGUUUUUUCUGAGUUGCGUAUUCGUUUUCAGAUCCCAGAUCACAUUCCCCUCCGUCUCCCUAAAAAGAAUGAGAAGUGUUAUACAGGGAGGACGGCUGAUGUGGGGAUGUAUGACGCCAUGUUCGCAGCUGGCCUUAGGCUCCCACUGACGGCUUUACACCGUCAGCUGGCGGAUUUCUUAGGAUUGUCCGUCAGCCAGAUCUCUCCGAAUGCCUGGAGGAUCUUUAUUGGAGCUGAGGUUCUUUGGGGUCGCUUGAGUGGGGGGAACCGUCAACUUUCGCUAGACGAGUUCUUUUACUGCUACAGACCCCAGCAUAAAGUAUCCGCCAAGGGGACAUAUCACUUUGCACCUCGUGAAAAGAACUUAAGAUUGGUGUUUGAUAUGCCGGAUUCAAAUAGGAAUUGGAAAAAUAGAUUUUUCUUUGUUAAAGGGACGGACUGGGUGUGUCGCCCGGAUGAAUGGGAUAAGUUGCCCGGGGGUUAUUUUGAUAACACUUGGGCUUAUAUUAGGGAGUCAGAGAUGGAGGCUGCGAAGCAAAGGGUGAGGGCCGCUGCCGCCCGUAAGAAGGAAGAAGACAAAGCUAAGGGGAAGGAUGGAGCGUCAACUCCUCAUUCCUCCUUGAAGGGCUCAAUCAAGAGGAAAUCUGACGGAAAGGAUGAUCCUCCUUCUAAGAAGGUGGCCGUCACUCCUACGGACGUGCCCUCCCAGAAGUCACCUCCCAAGCUUAGUCACGGUGCUGGGAAAGGAGUGAUGACUUCCUCUGGUCCCGUCAUUGAGGGGCCCCGUUGCUUGCUGACUCACAAGGAUCACGCUGUCGAGAGUCUGGAGUCUCUUAUCAAACAGACGGAUCUGGAUCCUUGUGCUCAGCUUGGGACGGAUGACUUGGGGGCGUCAGCCUUCUUUGAUAUUGCACGGGCCUUGGUUCGUGUUAAAGCACUUCAAGACCGUUGCAUGGCCAAAGAAGGCGUCGUCUCUCGGGUGAGGAGGCACAAUUCCACCCUGAUGGAUCAGCAGGCGCAAUACAAGGAGGCCGUCCGUCUCUUAAACACAGAUCUGAAGGACGUGAAGGAGAAGCUAGGAGAAGCAGAGGGUGAGCAGAAGAAACUUGAGGAGGAGGUUUCGUCUUUGCGUGCGCAGGUGGUGACGGCUGGGACUGACGCAGUUGAAAAGUUUAAGACAACUCAGUCCUUCAUCGACUCUUGUGCUGAUUACUAUGGCGCAGGUUUUGAUGAUUGUCUGAAGCAAGUGUCGUUAGCUUAUCCGGAGCUGGAUCUGUCUGGAAUCACCAUGGACACUUCCGUUCCAAUGACUCCUGCCGCUGACAGAGAUGACGAACCCCUCAGUUUGGAUUCCUUGCUUAAUGAUGCUGGGGUUGUUUUGGCCCAGCCUGCUGUCGCUACCCCUGCUGGGCCUUCAGAUCAGAUUGUGAAGGAUAAAGCUGACGGGGUCUCCAAGGACGCUCCUGCCGCUAAUCCUUUAUUAGUUGUAAUUUUUGAACAAUGUCUUCAAGUGCCCGUAUGUUUGUUGGGCUUUUUGUUUGUAAUUCAAUCUAUCCCCUGUUGUCCGUUACUUUGAACAUAUACACUUGACUUUUUAUUGUUUGACUAAUUUUAAUGAGAUCGCCUAUUAUUUUUGUAUUUA